UGCCAUAUCGACGUGCAAGAGGAGUCCACGGCAGAGCAGAUGACGCCAGUGAUGCUCGCCGCCGAAGCAGGGGAGUGGCGGCUCGUCCACGCCUUUUUCGAACGCAACUACAAGCUUAAAGAGGACGAGGCUGCUUUCGUGAUCCUAAUGGCCGGCGAAUCCCGUGCGUGGACGACCAUCCUGACGGUCCUCAGGAAAGACUAUCACUUCGAUCCCGAGCGGUUUGCGCCCGCGUUGGACGCCGCCUACGAGGAGGACGCUUGGGACGUCAUCUGCGCCUUCCUCCGCCAGGGAUUCCCCAACAGGUUCGACGACGUGAACUACUGGCUCUCGAGAGCUGUUUUGUCCAAGAAAUGGCGAGGAGUGCAGGAGUUGCUGUGGCUCUUGAAGAAGGACAUCGUACUGGACACCGACCUUAUAGAAGCCGCCAUUUCGGACAAGAUGGAGACCCUGAAGAACCUGCUCGAGAAAAUCGACCACGACAGAGACACUGUGGACGGGACUCUCUUGGUGGUCUCCGUCGCAGGGUGCACGGAGGCCGUAGCGACGCAUCUCCUGCAACAAUAUGCCGAGGAGGAACAAGGUGUUAUACUGCCAAACUGCCUGUACCUCUCGGCCAUGAACAACCACUUAGCGCUGUUGCCAAUUCUACUGCGAAAUCACAUCAAGUGCUUCAGUUACGAGAGUCUCAGCAAGGCUCAGGAAGUGGCAGAGAGGAGUGAGUGCGUGAAUGCGGACAGACUCCUCCAAAAAGCUCUCGAUAUGAAGACCAAACAAGUUUUUGUUUUAGAUUUAUAGAUGUCCUUGUGUGUGUGUGUGUUUUUUUUUUUAAGUGAUGUACGCCCCUAAUUCUAUA